AUGGCUAAACAUCAUAUCGAUCCAAUACCUACCGUGCAGCGGCCUUUACACCUGAUCUAUCAGCCUGCGUCCUUGCCCUCACAGCGACCAGCGUCUGCUUCUCUGUCGUGCGAUGAUCAGCUGCAAAUAAAAUGGGAUGCAAUUGACGUUAAUGCUGAUUCUCGUUUGCUGGCGUCGGCUCUGAGAUCAGCUGCACUCCAACAGGGGGCGGCUCUGCAACGUGCCGUUACAGCUUUUGCUCGAGAUGCCUCUCAAUGCGUAGUGCGAGUAGCAAUCGCUACAAAGGAACGCGAACUCGUGUCAUACCUGAUCACUGUCCUCAACGAAUUUCCUGCAUUGUUCUUCGAGAUAUUCGUCGGUAACGAAGAGCAACGGGAGCUGUAUGCGUCACGCGUGCAGUCUGGUGUGGUUCGAACUGCAGACCUGGAUAAGGUGCUUACGGGCGAAGACCUCCCGGAACAUCCAUAUUACGACAUCCUCGUGGUCUUCGAUCGAUCAUCCGACGAGGAUAGAUUCCGCUCCAUUUUAUUGCGCUGCAGUAGCUGCGUGGUGCCGGGAGGGAUUUCUGUUGUGACAGCACAGCUGCACGCAUCUUGUGGAUACCAGGUCGAGGAAUCCAUUCGAGGGCCAUACGAGCAACUGGGCAUGGCCGUCCUCGGCAGCAAGCAGGGCAAUUCUGACCCUCCGUCCGCUGCGACAAUUGUUAGUCAACGUAUCGACUAUCGCUCCACCACCGACACCAUGCUGUUCGCCCGCGAUGCACUCAUCUUCGCUUACAGCCACGGCCAGGAGAUGACUCUUCAACAGUAUUUCAGGAACUUGGACUCGUCCGAAGAGCUGGACGUAUGGAUCUUGGCAGGCCGCGACAGCGGACGCGCAUCAGGUCUCCUACGUGCUCUCCGACGCGAGUACAUCACUUGGACCAUACGGCUUGUCGUCUUCCCACCCUCAUUCUCCGAGCAACAGAGGAAUGAGUAUCUUGUGAAAAUACCAGCCAUAAUGCGUCAAGAGCCGGAGAUACUGGUUUCUCCAGAGGGCACAUUUCUCGUCCCUCGGUUAGUCCCGAUACCACCCAUUGUUCCAGAUCCAGUUUCGGAGCAGAAAAGCAUCCCUGGAAGUGUCCCUCUAGACAAGGUGCUAGUGGACGUAUGUUCUUCGUGGACGUUCAAUAGUUGUGCGGCAAUCCUCGGCAUUGUCAACGGGACGCAGUCGCCUAUGCUACCAGCGGGCACAUGCGUGGUGGGCGUCCUCGACGGCGUCCCUGUACAGCCAUCCAUCAUCCACGCGGACCUGGUAUCGCAUGUGUCCCCCGAGGUGCACAGCUUGGCAGCCGCUGGUCCCGCCUGCCUCCUGGGAUUCCUCUCCGCGGUUCUCGCUCCCGGACUAUCCACCUUCCGACGUCUGCAGCGAUUGCAGUCCAUGCGCAUCCUGCUGACGCAUGCUGAUUCGCCAGUUGGACGAGCUAUCGCAUUCCUAUACUCUGUGCUAAAGGUCGAGCACGUGAAACUCGACCAGAACGCCAGCAUGCUUGACCUUGCCCGUGUGGGCAAGGGGAGCUUCCACUUGAUCAUCUCUGGAUAUGAGGGCACUGACGCAGGCCCAAUCACUUUCAUGCGAUCUCUUCUGCUCCAAGGCGAAGGGAGGAUGUUCCUGUGGAAUACGGAAGACGAGGGCGUUACCAACAUUCUCCGAACGGAUCCUUGCUCGGUCCAGGAUGCUCUCGCGGUUGUUGUCCCCAUGCUGGAAGAACACGUAACAGACCUUCAACCGGUAUUGUCUUCUCCUGUCGACACCAAAUCAAGUGACGUCGAG